CGGCCAGAUGGGCUUACCGGCAGACGAUCUUGAACUCUUCAGAUGUGUAAUCUGACGUGUCGGUCAUUCAUUUAGUUUCACAUUGGGUUUUUGUAAGUCUACUUCAGUAAGCCACUGUCUCGAGUUUGGGCAACCCCGUAUUUUGUCUGUUGUCGCAUUCGUUCACGAAAGUUCGCUACCGACGUCAUUAACGUGUAGUAAUAGCAAAAUGCUGUCAUCCACUGUUCAUGUUUCGCUGCUGAUCCUCAGCACAUUGUGUCUUCAAUCUGUCCUCGCGGCUUUAAAAGAAGGUGACUGUGAAGUUUGUGUCGGUGUAAUCAACAAAUUACUUAAUGCCUUGGAGCCGGAAGAAAAAACAAACCAACAGUCCAUCGAAGCGAAGUUUCCAGAACUUUGUAAAACGUUAAAGGGGCCCGAAAACAGAUUUUGUUACUACGUUGGUGGCUUAGAAGAGUCGGCGACGAAGAUUGUAUCUGAACUGUGUCAACCUCUGAGCUGGACGAUGCCUCCUCUCAAGGUAUGCGAGAGGCUCAUGAAAAAGGACAGCCAGAUUUGCGACCUGAAAUACGAGAAGGUAAUAGACCUGAAGACUGUGGACCUUAAGAAACUGAAGGUGAAGGACCUCAAGAAGAUCCUCAACUCUUGGGACGAGAGGUGCGAAGGCUGCGUGGAGAAGAGCGACUACGUAAAGAGAAUAGAAGAGCUCAAGAAAGUGCAUGUGCGGGAGGAGUUGUGACAGUGUGCUGCUGCCUAUUUCGGAAAGAAUUCGCGCUACAGAGGACUUGUACAGACAUCCCACACUUCGACUGCUUACACAGCACAGCUGCUAAGCGUGGAACCAUCUUUUUGUGCACCAAGUUCGUGUAGUAAUUUAUAUUUCCAUGUACAGGGCAUUCAUUAAAGCUGUAUUCUGUACUUAUA